AUGGGACAGACACACCAGACCGAGCAGACUGACCCGGAGAUCGAUGUCAAGGCGCUCCAGGACAUGUACAAAAAGUUUGUGACGGAAUGCCCAAGCGGUGUUUUAUUUAUCCACGAGUUCAAGCGUUUUUUUGGCAUCGACCCAACUGGGGAAGUCUCUGAGUAUGCGGAGAGCAUGUUUCGAGCUUUUGACAAGAAUGGGGAUAACACCAUUGACUUUCUGGAGUUUGUGGCAGCCUUGAAUCUGGUCUUCCGGGGGGACUUGGAGCACAAAUUACGCUGGUCAUUUAAAGUGUACGACAAGGACGGCAACGGCUAUGUAGAUAGGACAGAACUGGGAGCUAUUAUUGAUAGUAUAUAUCGAUUAAAGAAGACGUCCAAGAGAGAGCAGGAGGAUAUGCAGCUGUCGGUGAAUGAAGUGUGUGAUAGAAUCCUGAAGACUGUGGAUGUGAACAGGGACGGUAGGUGCAUACUCAGUCUGAAUGAGUUCAUCAAGGGGGCCCAGGGAGACCCAUGGAUCAUGAACAUGCUCCAACUGGACAUGAACCCUUAUGGCUGGGUGCUGGAACAGAGAAGGAAGAGCGCACACUUUUAAAAUUACCCUUUUUUUUCUUAAACUAAAUUAGUUUCCAAAUCAAUUGGACAUAAUAGGAAAAAAUACAUUGCAGAUUCAUUCGGAUUGUUUAAGCUAGUUUUAAUUAUAAGGACCGGAAUGGUUGUGUCGAUUACCUUUCAUAAAUUCCAUGAGAUCUUCAUUCUGAGUGAACCUGCAGUGCAGUUUUUCUUCAUCUGUAGAUUAUUUAAUUUGGGCCUUAAAACAAUGUCAGUUCCACUUGAACUACUUUGCCGAUAUGAAACAAACAGACAAUCAUAAUAUCAAUACAAAAUAUAAAACUCCCAGUUCAUGCUACAAAACCAACUUAAGAGGUUUUAAAAAUAGGGUAUAUUUCACUCAAAAUUCCAUGACAUACAGUAAGACAUUGUUGGGAGAAUAGAUGGAUGCAUUCUCAAUACAUGAAUAAUAUAAUUCACCAAUACAGUGCAUUCGGAAAGUAUUCAGACCCCUUGACUUGUUCCACAUUUUGUUACG